AUGGUGAGCGAGCUCGAUGCCGCCGACGAAGAAGAAGAUGAAGCCAGUGAUGAAGAAGAACAAGUUGAAGUGGAUUAUAAGCUCUCAAUUAACCAACCAACGAAAGUGAAUAUCAAAACUAAAACCCAACGUAAUAAGGAAAAACGUCACCAAAAACGAAUGGAAUUACAACAGCAAUUACAGGAAUUAAAGCAACAAUUGAAUGAGCUUGCAAAAGUGGAUCAAUAUAAACAAGAAAUCGAAGCUAAAUCUACAAAUGUGAAGAAGGUAAAACAGCCGAAGAAACUUUACAAGUACGACGCCAUAGCAAGACCUCUUGAAGUGAAACUUUCGGACGAGUUACCAAGUAAUUUGAAGAAUUUGAAACCAGAGGGAAACCUUUUUUAUGAUUCAAUGAUCAAGUUGCAAGAACAUGGAAAGAUAGAGGCCCGACUUCCCGUCUCCAAAAAGAGAAAGUAUAAGCCCAAGGUUACGGAGAAAUGGACAUACAAGGAUUUUAAGUAG